AUGCAUGCGUAUCCAGUUUUCCGUCGGCAGUCAGCCACAUCAGCCCGGCUCCUCAUGGCACCCACAAGCGAGGCCAACCGCCUGGAAAACAAAGUGUCUGCAAGGGCCCAACCCAAAGAGGAGGUACUGAAGGAGGCAUCCAACUUUGUCAGGAGCAAUGGGGGAGAUCCAUCUGACCAGUUUUUGGUGUUGGCUCACUGUCUGCUACAGUUUGGUAAAUACCAGGGUCAGAGAUUCAUUUGGCUUCUGGAGAACUCGCUUGGCUACGCAUUAGCCUUGCUGCAUAGCAUUUCCAAUGAAACAGCACUCCCAAACCCUCUGUCAGAAAAUAAGCAACUGUUUCUUCAGUACACAUCGCACAUUAAAGAGUUGCCUGGAGAAGUGGGGAAAUAUGCCAAGAAGAAAGAGCUUCAGGCUCAAGUGCAGGCAACAGGAGACACGGGCUGUUUGUUGUUGGAGUUUGGAGACUUUGAGGGCCGCUCUCUGAAAGAGGUGUACGAGGACCAGAGCCACGGGGACCAGAAACUCGUCAGGUACGUGCUACAGUCAAAUGCACGGCCCAACACCAACAUGGCCCUUUUCAAGGCAUAUAUUUUGAAAAGACGGUCAGCUGAGGGUACCAGUACCAGGGAGCAUCAGCCAUCUCCAGCCUCCAGUGCCAGCGCCUCUUCUUCUGCCCCGUCACCUACCACCAUCCAAACGGGUCCACGGACGCCUGCCUCUGUAAAAGCUCUGCUGGCACGUGGCAAACACUUGCCUCCCUCACAGCUGGCCAAAAAACUUGUGUCACCUGUGAAACCCUCUCCAGCACCGCAAUUGUCUGGCUCCAGCACUGCACAUCGGCGCCCAGAACCCAUUCCCCAACAGUUGCGCUUCCUCUGUGGCCCUUCUGAGGCCGACGAUGAGGAACUUGUGCGUGCCACACAAGAGUGUGAGACACAGCUGCAAACAGCAGCCACCAUGCCUCCUCUAGCAGCCACCAUGCCUCCUCCAACAGCCGUCAUGCCUCCUCCAAGGGCACCCUGAAGAAAGGCGACGUGGUGCUCAACUGCUACAGGUGUGCCCGUGGCUCCACCUCCCUGGAGUCUUUCCAUCUUCACCUGACUAGGUUUAUCCCAGGUGUGCAAGAUGUAGCCGAUUAGGCUGACGAGGGACGCGUGGGUCCACCUGAUGCUCCUUCAAAAUGACCUGGCUCUUUUUUCUAUGUAGGAGAGAGCAGCGAGGGCAAGACGACGUCCUUCUCAGUGCCUCCCCUUCAAUCUUGAGCGGCGUGCCUCUUUGAAGGACUUUAAAGUUCAUAUUCUGGCUUUUGUUUUGUUUCACUCUUUGGUUGAAUUUGUAGCGCUGGCUUUGAAAAGUAAAAUAAGUGAACUGGCUCCAUGCCUCCUCUACAUUAUUUCUCACUUGUGAUGUGAGCGUAACACUCCUUUUGUAAUGUAUGUCUGGUUGUAAUGGAAAUUGUGUUAUAACAGGAGGAGCAUGGCAUAUAAUUCUGUGACCUGGGGUCCUGACUUUUUUGUGUUCAUGUAUUUAUCCAUCAGGAACCAGUG